AUGGAUGUAUUGGCCAACUGUAGAAUAUACCCACUGUCAAACUUCUUAAAACCUAAGAGAAACGCGAUAAAUCUGGAAGGUUUAAAUAUUAAUAAUAGUAAUGAUAUUACAAUAAAUAAUAAUGAAUCACAAUCGCUACAUUUAAUUGAGCACAGUUUUCGAAAAUCUAAGUUUAAAGAGCAGUUAGUUUCCAAUAAUUUUGAACAUAUAAUUAUAAUUGAUAUAAUAUCAAUUUGGCAAGAUGAUAAAUUUAACGUUAUAAAUUCGAUUUACACUUUCAAUGAAUUGAUUAAUUUUUUAACCAAAUUUAACGACUCACCAUUGGCAACAUUAUCAGAGUAUGGAAUAUCUAUGGAUACCGUUGAAGGUAUAAUGAUUGAUAACUUGUCGUAUAUUGGUAAUUUAAAUAAUAAAUCGAUUGUUAUAUUGAUAAAGAUAUUGAAAUUGAUUCAAAUCAAUUUUGGAUGUUUCAUACUGAGUACUAGUUAUGGAUUAGAAUAUUAUGAAGGGAUUGAGAAUUUUCAAAGGAUGAAAAAUUUGAAUUUGAAGUAUCCAACUUUACUACCGAUGAAUUAUCUAUUAGAAAUGGAUACGAUACUGCUAAGAGAGACUGGAGAGAUAUCAAGAAGAUUAAAAUGA